GGUGCUCUGGGAAGCCGGACGGCCCGGCAGUUGCUUUUCGAAGUUUUCGCCGUGGUUGUCGCCGCCAUGAGUCGCAACUAUAAUGAUGAGCUGCAGUUCUUGGAAAAGAUCAAUAAAAAUUGCUGGAGGAUCAAGAAAGGCUUCGUGCCCAACAUGCAGGUUGAAGGAGUUUUCUAUGUGAAUGAUGCUCUGGAGAAAUUAAUGUUUGAGGAAUUAAGGAAUGCCUGUCGCGGUGGUGGUGUUGGUGGCUUCUUGCCAGCCAUGAAACAGAUUGGCAAUGUGGCAGCCCUGCCUGGGAUUGUUCAUCGAUCAAUUGGGCUUCCUGAUGUCCAUUCAGGCUAUGGGUUUGCCAUUGGGAAUAUGGCAGCCUUUGAUAUGAAUGACCCUGAAGCGGUGGUAUCCCCAGGUGGUGUCGGAUUUGAUAUCAACUGUGGUGUCCGCUUGCUGAGAACCAAUUUAGAUGAAAGUGAUGUCCAGCCUGUGAAGGAGCAACUUGCCCAAGCUAUGUUUGACCACAUUCCUGUUGGGGUGGGAUCGAAAGGCGUCAUCCCAAUGAAUGCCAAAGACUUGGAGGAGGCCUUGGAGAUGGGUGUGGACUGGUCCCUGAGAGAAGGCUAUGCCUGGGCUGAAGACAAGGAGCACUGUGAGGAGUACGGGAGGAUGCUGCAAGCUGACCCCACCAAGGUCUCUGCAAGGGCUAAAAAAAGAGGCCUUCCUCAGUUGGGGACUCUGGGAGCAGGCAAUCACUAUGCAGAAAUCCAGGUUGUGGAUGAGAUUUUCAAUGAGUAUGCGGCUAAGAAAAUGGGCAUCGAUCAUAAGGGACAGGUGUGUGUGAUGAUCCACAGUGGAAGCAGAGGCUUGGGCCACCAAGUAGCCACAGAUGCGCUGGUAGCUAUGGAAAAGGCCAUGAAGAGAGACAAGAUUAUAGUCAACGACCGGCAGUUGGCUUGUGCGCGAAUCGCUUCCCCAGAGGGUCAGGACUACCUGAAGGGAAUGGCAGCGGCUGGGAACUAUGCAUGGGUCAACCGCUCUUCCAUGACCUUCUUAACCCGUCAGGCUUUUGCCAAGGUCUUCAAUACAACCCCUGAUGACUUGGACCUGCACGUGAUCUACGAUGUUUCUCACAACAUUGCCAAAGUGGAGCAGCAUGUGGUGGACGGGAAGGAGCGGACGCUGUUAGUGCACCGGAAGGGGUCCACCCGCGCCUUCCCUCCUCACCAUCCCCUCAUUGCUGUAGAUUACCAACUCACUGGACAACCAGUACUCAUUGGUGGCACCAUGGGGACCUGUAGUUACGUUCUUACAGGCACUGAGCAGGGCAUGACUGAGACCUUUGGAACAACCUGUCACGGAGCGGGCCGUGCAUUGUCCCGAGCAAAAUCUCGACGUAAUUUAGAUUUCCAGGAUGUCUUAGACAAAUUGGCAGAUAUGGGGAUCUCAAUCCGUGUUGCCUCACCCAAACUGGUUAUGGAAGAAGCUCCUGAGUCCUAUAAGAACGUGACAGAUGUGGUGAACACCUGCCAUGAUGCUGGGAUCAGCAAGAAAGCCAUUAAACUGAGACCAGUCGCGGUUAUCAAAGGGUAGGACUUGGAACCACAGGGCUGCCGGACACCACUAACACUCCGAAAUGAAAGUGAAUGGAAAUGCUCUUCAGACAUCAGACUCAAGAACUGACAGGUUCCAAAGUGUGCAGCUGAAACUGCUUGUGCCAAGAUGACCGACAGGGAGGCUGCUGCUUUUGGGAGCCAGCAUUUUAAAAUCACUUUUAGGAGGAGGCACGUUGUCCCCAUUUGGAAAGGGAGAAAUAUGCCUCCUCCAUUGUCCCCAGAUUUGGGGGAAAAUCUAUUAGGAGGUGGGUAGGGGUCAAGAAACUGCCUUACUCCGUCAUACAAAUGUUUAGCCAUCAAAAUAAUCUUCUUUACACCAAGCUCUGUUUACAUCCUGAGAGGUGUCUUGAAGAAUAAUUCUAUUAAAUAAUUUGGGGGGAUGUUUCCCUUCUUCCCUC